AUGGACGAAAUUGGAGUUGAUAUCAGGAAGGAGGAGCCCACCUUCGGCACCGUGAUCGAGGACAAGGCCGCGCUCAUGCAGGAGCUCGAGUCUGAAGAGGACAUCUACCUGAACUAUAUCAAGGACGAGCAAGCGAACCUCAAGCGAGAGCUCAUACGCGCACAGGAGGAAGUCAAGCGCAUUCAAUCUGUUCCUCUCGUCAUUGGACAGUUCCUGGAACCCAUCGACCAAUAUACCGGCAUUGUUGGGUCAACCACUGGCUCCAACUACGUCGUUCGUAUCCUCUCUACCCUCGACCGCGAGCUCCUCAAGCCGUCUUCUUCUGUGGCACUCCACCGGCAUUCCAAUGCUCUCGUUGACAUCCUUCCCCCGGAAGCCGACUCGUCCAUCGCGAUGCUGGGCAAGGAGGAGCGCCCAGAUGUCGCGUACCAGGACAUCGGCGGUAUGGAUGCGCAGAAACAGGAAAUCCGGGAGGCGGUCGAACUGCCAUUGACGCACUUCGACUUGUACAAGAAGAUUGGUAUCGACCCGCCUCGCGGUGUGCUUCUUUACGGGCCGCCAGGAACGGGGAAAACUAUGCUUGUCAAGGCCGUCGCGCACCACACCACUGCCUCUUUCAUCCGGGUCGUUGGCAGUGAAUUCGUGCAGAAGUACCUCGGAGAAGGUCCUCGUAUGGUCCGCGAUGUCUUCCGGCUAGCUCGCGAGAAUGCCCCAGCUAUUAUCUUCAUUGACGAAAUCGACGCUAUUGCCACGAAACGGUUCGACGCACAGACAGGUGCUGAUCGAGAGGUGCAACGCAUCCUGCUCGAGCUACUCAACCAGAUGGAUGGUUUCGACCAAGGUAGCAAUGUCAAGGUCAUCAUGGCUACCAACCGAGCAGAUACUCUAGACCCGGCUUUGCUCCGUCCAGGUCGUCUUGACAGGAAGAUCGAAUUCCCACUGCCGUCUCGUCGAGAAAAGCGUCUUAUCUUCCAGGCUGUGACGGGCAAGAUGAACCUCGGACCUGACGUCGACUUGGAGGACUAUGUUUCACGGCCUGAGCGCUUGUCAUCCGCUGAGAUUGCAUCUAUUGUACAAGCCGCUGGCUUGCAAGCUGUGCGGAAGAACCGAUACGUCGUCCUCCCUGUGGACUUUGAGGAAGCAUGGAAGCAAAACGUCAAGCGGGCGGACGAGACCUUGGACUUCUCCUUCCUACUCGAAGGGGCAUUCAUUCAAUAG